GGGGUGGAUCAGGUGGUGUAUUUAAUGCAAAGGUGAAAUGUGAACGGCCUCAGAGUGAAGAAACAAAACGCAUUAUCGAUGACUUGUUACGUGAUGAUUUUGUCGCAGACAAGGAUGGAAGAAAUGACAACAACAUGGGGCCAGUACAGCUACCUCUUGCUCACAUAGUUAAGAAAGAAGACAUAAAAGAAGAAAAGAUUAAAGUGAAAGCUGAGCCAGGCAGCGAAGAAAGUGCAAUGGAGAUAGAGGUGCCAUCUAUAGAAGAUAGUAUCCCCACAGUACGACCGAAUACUCCAGAGGACAUUUCCAAAAUGACAUGCCAAGAUCUGUUCAUGAGACCUCAAAAAUCAGAGCAUGGUGACCUUAUAUUCCUCCAACUCCCAGACUCUCUACCUGGUGCUCCACUCACUAAGCCUGACGAGAGACCAAAGAAACCAACUGAUAAAGCUCCAAACAGCCAACCUGAAAAAGAUAUCUCGGAGGAUAUGAAAAAGUGCACAUUAAAUGAUAUAUCAGAGGGUUACAUAGGGAAGCUACAGGUGUUAAAGUCUGGGAAGACGAGGCUGUUGCUGGGCAAUGUCAACCUUGAUGUAUCCAUGGGAACGCCUUGUGGAUUUCUGCAGGAUUUGGUGUCUGUACAAAUAGCAGGUGAAACUGGAGAUAUGUGUAGUUUGGGCAACAUUAAACAUAGACUAGUCUGCCUUCCUGACUUUGAGUCAUUAUUAACUCAAACCCAGAGGUAGCACAAGUUAAUAAUGUAACAGGAUUGAGUGAAUGGAGAAGCAGAAUGGAGUGAAGUUCUUGCAUUGUCAUUGUGAUUGUGUCAAGUCAAUAAAGAGACUGCAAAUUGAGAUAGCUAUAUUUAAGUCAACACAGCUAACUUCAAAUUGACGCAGCUAUUUUGAAGUUGACACGAAGCUAUCUUCGAUUCCUGCACACAGC